CCGCGCCCCCCGGCCAGGCUGUGCUUCUGCCCCUACAAGGUUUGGGCCGAAGUGGGGGAGGGUCCUGGUACCCGGCUCCGCCCGGUCCCUCCCAAGCCUUUUAGGCACCCGCGGCUGGGAUAUCCCAAUCCCGCUCGGUCCUCCUCAUCCGCCACCCGUGCGCCUAGUCCUCGCAGCCAGCCUAGUCCUCACUGCCUGCCAGCCGGCCCACCCCCCACCGCAGCCAUGGACGCCAUCAAGAAGAAGAUGCAGAUGCUAAAGUUGGACAAGGAGAAUGCCAUCGACCGCGCUGAGCAGGCCGAAGCAGACAAAAAGCAAGCUGAGGACCGCUGCAAGCAGCUGGAGGAAGAGCAGCAGGCCCUCCAGAAGAAGCUGAAGGGGACAGAGGAUGAGGUGGAAAAGUAUUCUGAAUCCGUGAAGGAUGCCCAGGAGAAACUGGAGCAAGCCGAGAAGAAGGCGACGGAUGCUGAAGCAGAAGUGGCCUCCUUGAACCGCCGCAUUCAGCUGGUAGAGGAGGAGCUGGACCGGGCGCAGGAGCGCCUGGCCACAGCCCUGCAAAAGCUGGAGGAGGCUGAGAAGGCAGCUGAUGAGAGUGAGAGAGGAAUGAAGGUCAUUGAAAACCGGGCCAUGAAGGAUGAGGAAAAGAUGGAGCUACAGGAGAUGCAGCUGAAGGAAGCCAAGCACAUCGCCGAGGAUUCAGACCGCAAAUACGAAGAGGUGGCCAGGAAGCUGGUGAUCCUGGAAGGAGAGCUGGAGCGCUCAGAAGAGAGAGCUGAGGUGGCUGAGAGUAAAUGUGGGGACCUAGAGGAGGAGCUGAAAAUUGUUACCAACAACUUGAAAUCCCUGGAGGCCCAAGCGGACAAGUAUUCCACCAAAGAAGAUAAAUAUGAAGAGGAAAUCAAACUGCUGGAGGAGAAGCUGAAGGAGGCUGAAACCCGAGCAGAAUUUGCUGAAAGGUCUGUGGCAAAGCUGGAGAAAACCAUUGAUGACCUAGAAGAUGAAGUCUAUGCCCAGAAGAUGAAGUACAAGGCCAUCAGCGAGGAGCUGGACAACGCACUCAAUGACAUCACCUCCCUCUGAGCUACACUCCAGUGUAGCCACCCCAGCCCUUUUUCUCCUCUCCUUUCCAUUCUCUCUGUGGGAAAGGGGAAGCAGGAGGAACAAAAAUUACCAACAUCGCACAGCCAGGCUGGGACCAGCCUAGGGAGAGCUCCCAUCAUACCCACUUCCCACUCUGGCACUGGCUUCAUCCUUCUACCUACCACAUCCUCCACCCCUCUUUGCUGCCUAAUAAAUUCUGAACUUGG